AUGUAUCUCAGAGUCUUCGCUCUUGCUAGUAGUGCCUAUACCGCGGCAGCAAUGCCCGGUAUGGCAGCUAUGCUAGAGGAACGUCAAUCCUUACCAACUCUUCCCCUCAGCCAAGCACAGGGCAACUCUGGUCCUUUCCCAAGUCUUCAAUUCAAUGCCGCGGAUCAGUUCGUCGAUGUUAGACCUGGUACUGCUCAUCAAUAUAUUGCCCCAGGACCAAAUGAUAAGCGUGGACCGUGUCCAGGACUGAAUGCUGCUGCAAAUCAUGGAUUUCUUCCUAGAAGUGGUGUUACAACUAUCACGCAAACUGUCAAUGGCCUCGGCGCAGCGUACAGCUUUGGACCCGAAUUCGCCGCUGCUCUUUCGGUCAUUGCAAUCGGCUUGACAGGAGAUCCAACAGGCGGUACUUGGUCAAUCGGAGGACCAUAUCCACCAAGUCUUCUGGGUGGUCUUCUAUCCAACCCAAGUGGUAUUUCGAAAUCGCAUAAUACAUAUGAAAGUGACACAUCACCAGCACGGUCUGAUGCGUACUUGAAUGGCGGCGAUGCAGUGUCUCUCAACAUCACACGAUUUGAUAAACUAUACUUCAGUGCUCAGAACUACACGCUUGAUAUUUUGCGGGACCACAACAAGCUUACGCAUACUGAUUCUAUUCAAAACAAUCCAUACUAUUUUUCUGCUCCAUUCGCAGGUCUUGUACCACCGAUUGCUCACCAUUUUAUUGUUAAUCUCAUGAGCAACCAUUCCGCCGACAACAUUCAAGGAUACUUGAACCGAGAUAUCCUUAAGACUUUCUUUGCAGUUAGUGGCCCAGAUAACGGUCACGUCUGGAAUGCAGGCCAAGAGAAAAUUCCUCAGAAUUGGUACAAACGGCCAAGUAACAAUCCAUACGGCGCUGCUGCCGCUGCUGCCGAUGUAGCCAUCCUAGCAGUCAAAUACCCCGAAAUCGUCCAAUUCGGCGGCAACACCGGCACACCCAACUCCUUCGUGGGCGUCAAUCCAGGUGACAUCUCCGGCGGAGUCUACAACGCCCAAACCCUGCUACAAGGAAACAAUCUCGGUUGUUUCUUCUUUCAAGCUGCUCAGCAGGCGAUUCCAAGUGUACUUAGCGGUGUUCUGUCGAAUUUGACGCCAUUUUUGAAUAUCCUUAAUGGGGCGAUCAAUCCGGUGUUGGGGAUUCUGAAUUGUCCUGCGCUUUUGACGUUUGAUCAGAGUGCGUUUGAGCAGUUUCCGGGGUAUGGGUAUCAUCCUGCGAAGAAGGUAUGA